AUGCUUACAAAAGAACAAAUUGCUGAGGUAUCUCGUGAAUUUCCUUCUAUUACACCACAAGGUUCUGGUUAUAUUAAAUGUGAUGAGGUCAAAGAUGCAUUAAAAUUAGUUGGUAUAGACCUUCCUGGUUAUCAGAUUAGAGAAUUACUUGGACGCUUCAAUGGUUCAGGUGAAUUAAAAUAUUCUGAUUUUGAAAAAUUAUAUGAUGAAUUAGAUGAAAAAAAAAAUUCAUUUGCUAAUUCAUGGAAAACAGGAAUUAAUAAUGCUCAAGGUGCAUAUAAAGUUCAUGGUCUUGCUGAACAUGGAGGUGAUGAAAUUAUUCAUACAAUUCGUGUUGAAGAAGAAGUUGCUUAUUCAAAUUGGAUUAAUAGUAAUUUAUCUGAUGAUAAAGAUUUAUCAAAAUUACUUCCAGUUAAUGCAGCAUCACAUGAAUUAUAUACAAAAAUUAAUGAUGGUUUAAUUAUUUGUAAAUUAAUAAAUCUUGCUGUUCCUGAUACAAUUGAUGAAAGAGUUAUUAAUAAAAAAAAUUUAAAUACUUAUACAAAACUUGAAAAUUUAACACUUUGUUUGAUGUCAGCUCAAGCUAUUGGUUGUAAUAUUGUUAAUAUUGAUGCUGAUGAUUUAAGUAAAGGAAAACAACAUCUUGUUCUUGGUUUAUUAUGGCAAAUUAUUAGAAUUGGACUUUUUAAUCAAAUUGAUCUUGUUAAUGUUCCUGGUCUAUUUCGUCUUCUUAAAGAUGGUGAAACUUUAGAUGAUCUUAGAAGACUUUCACCAGAAGAAAUUCUUUUAAGAUGGGUUAAUUAUCAUCUUGAAAAAGCUGGAUGUCAAAGACGUUUACAAAAUUUUACUACUGAUGUUAUUGAUUCUGAAAUUUAUACACAUUUAAUUAAUCAAAUUGCUCCACCAGGAUUUAAUGUAACUCUUUCACCAUUAUCAGUUUCUGGAAAUGUUCCAAGAGCAGAAGCAAUGUUAAUACAAGCUGAUAAAAUUGGUUGUAGAGAAUUUGUAACACCAAAUGAUGUUGCUAAUGGUGUUUAUAAAUUAAAUUUAGCUUUUGUUGCUAAUCUUUUUAAUAAACAUCCAAAUCUUCCUGAACCAGGUGCUGAUGAAAUUGAUCAAUUAGAAAAUGUUAUUGAAGAAACAAGAGAAGAAAAGACAUACAGAAACUGGAUGAAUAGUAUGGGAGUUAAACCUUUUGUCAAUUGGUUGUAUAGUGAUCUUCAAGAUGGACUAGUUAUAUUCCAAUUAUAUGAUAUAAUUAAACCGGGAAUAGUUAAUUGGAAAUGUGUUGUUCAGGUUUUUAGAAAACUUCAACAGAUGAUGGAUAAAAUAUCAAAUUGUAAUUAUGCUGUCGACUUAGGAAGGCAACUUAAAUUUUCACUUGUUGGUAUUCAAGGUAAAGAUUUAUAUGAUGGUAAUACAACAUUAACAUUAGCCUUGGUAUGGCAACUUAUGAGAGCAUAUACCUUAACUAUUCUUUCACAAUGUACUAAUAAGAAUGAUGGUACAUUAGUUGGAGAUAAAGAAAUUAUAUCAUGGGUAAAUAAAAAAUUAUCUGAUUCAGGUAAAAGUACCUCUAUCAGAUCAUUUCAAGAUCCAUCAAUAUCAAAUGGUAAAGUUGUAAUUGAUCUUAUUGAAUCAAUUGCUCCUGGUACAAUAAAUUAUGACAUUUUAAAAAGUGGUGAUGAUUCAUUAAAACUUGAAAAUGCUAAAUAUGCUAUUUCAUCUGGAAGAAAGAUUGGUGCAAAAAUUUAUGCUUUACCAGAAGAUAUUGUUGAAGUUAAACCAAAAAUGGUUAUGACUGUUUUUGCAUGUCUAAUGGCUCGUGAUUACAUGCCCAAAUUUGCAGUUUCUGAUACUAAUUAA